GACUUUCUGUCCUUCGGCAAAUCCGGCGCGAGAUACAACUGUCGCGCCUCACUGUGGUGUUCCACUGACCAAGAGCUCUCUACGGUAAUAGCUCGUAGAAUCAUAAAUGGAGAGUAGAAGUGGGAGUGGUGCCACACCAGCGGCAAAUUCUGUAACUCACUUGUCAAAAACUGUUUCGUAUAUAUGCGGAGAAUGUCGGGCUGAAAAUGAAAUUCGACCCAGAGAACUUGUUCGCUGUCUUGAGUGUGGACACAGAGUUUUAUACAAGAAACGGUCAAAACGAAGUAAGAGGAGUAGAAGCCUUUUCUCUACCAACUUUUUGUAUGAAACAAUUCUCAAUAGUCCCAAAUAUUAUUAUUUUACGUCUGACAAAAUUUCAUAACAGUUUCAUGUCAGCAUAUUGUUUUUAUAUUGGUAAAGUGUGAAAAGUGGUCGGGCCAUGUAUAAUCACACUAUGAGACCAUCGACUAUUUGUCUAAAUCAUGUAAUGAGCGAUUACUUAGUGUUUACAGUUUUCGACUUUCAACCAUUGAGUCAUAGGUUAGACGGUAGUAUUACCGGCGCACACACAAAAUAGAGCGAUUCAAAACAAGCUGAUAAACGUGUUUGUGAGUGUUUUCGAAGCUCGAUGAUGGCAAUUCAAUCCUUAUUAAAUUUCUGUUUAAUUUUGUAAAUAUUUUGCGAAAUAUAGAUAUGUUAUCUUGUGCAAUGAUCUCUUUAUGUGACUAUGUUCACUUCUACUUACCGGUUCCAUUCCUAUCUGCUGCAUAAUUUAUUCGAUAAGUAAUCAGACUAUAAUUUAUCCUAAACAUUGUCAUACAUACUUCGCACAUGACAUAAGGUAAACGUUCGUAGUGCUAUGUAAAUUAUGUGAUGGGCUAAUCUCUCGUUCUUUGUAUAGUUAAAGC